UACGACUCCCCCCUCGCCCAUCUCAUCGAUCUCAAAGCACACGCACCUCUCUCUCUCUCGCUCGCUGCUAUAGCGAUAGCAACCAUGGGAAUGAUGUCGAUCGCAUCCCCGCCGCCGGCCGCCUGUUCCCCGUCGCACCGCCGCGCGCACAAGGCCUUCCUCCUCUCCAACUACCUCCUUCUCGGCGCCGCCUCCAGCUGCGUCUUCCUCACCCUCUCCCUGCGCCUCAUCCCCUCCGCCUGCGGCCUCCUCCUCGUGCUCCUCCACGCCCUCACCAUCGCUGCGGCCGUGUCCGGGUGCGCAGCCGCCGGGGGCCCCUCCGCGCGCUGGUACGGCGCACACAUGGUCGCCACCGUGCUGGCAGCCAUCCUCCAGGGAGCGGUGGCGGUGCUCGUGUUCACCCGGACCACCAACUUCCUGGUGGACGGCCUGAAGUCGUACGUGCGGGAGGAGGACGGUGUGGUGAUUCUGAGGAUGGUGGGAGCCCUGUGCGUGCUCAUAUUCUGCAUGGAGUGGGUGGUCAUGGCGAUGGCCUUCGUGCUGAGGUACUACGCCUAUACGGACCAAGGAGGCAACUGCACAAUGAGCAGCAGCACUGCCAAAACGCAUCAGCAGGAAGGCACUAGCACUUGGCAGCCUUGAUUCCCAGUUCUUGUGAAUUAAUACUGAAAUAUUCAUGUGUGUGUAUCGUUUGAGUUCUUACCGCAGUCAAAUUAAGUUCUUCCUAUGGCAGAGAUUGAUUAUUUGUUUGAUUAGUUUUGUAUCAGUUGCAAGCAUCGUGAAUGAAAUUGAUAAUUGUUUGAUUAUCACUCAA